AUGUCUAGCCAGACAUCAGCCCCAGGGAACGCAGCCAACGCCUUUGAGGAUCUUACCGGUAUCUCCACCUCGUCCUUCAGCAACCCCUACGAUGCAUUGAUUGCAGCAUGUGAGGAUGAUCCGGCACGAAUCCAGGAAAAGUACCAUUUGCACCGGACCACGAGGAAUGCCCAGCAAAAAGCCAAGAUGCUUGACCCAGGCUUCUCAGGUGUAAACAUAGAUCCUAUACUGUUGAGACUGUGUGAUCCUGCUGUCGAGCCUGGGUUCAAGGAUCCUCGCCAUUGCUUUGUCUUCUGGGGACGACCAACCCAGAAGGUCAAGGAGAUGAUACAUCGAGUGCAGCAGGAGUUGCUGACCGUUGCGCCUAACCUUUGGCUUAUGCCUCAGGACAGGCUCCACAUCACCGCAUUGGAGGUGACGCACUCGAAAACUGCACCAGAGAUUCAAGAACUGGUCGACGCGGUCAAAGACAAAAUCCCAGCCAUCACCGACUACACUUACGGCCACCGCACACGUCUCAUAAAACCACUCAUUGGCUACGAUGCCUCUGCACUAGCUUUGAGCUUCGUCCCUGCGGCCGGCGAAGGUCUGCAUCCUGGCCGCACGUCGGAAGACGAUAAGUUCACUUACCACCACCUCCGCCGGGAUCUCUUCUCCCUAUGUCGCGAUGCAGGUCUCAAGGUGGAGUCUCGCUAUGUAGUGCCCUCUAGUCACCUCACUAUCGGCCGUUUUAUUUAUUCCAAGGACCUAGCGGAUAAGGAUGGCACGCCUGAUGCUCAAAAGAUGGCGGCUCUGAUUGGAAAGAUUGAAGAAAUCAACGGUUGGCUCCAGAAGGAGUUUUGGCCAGAACACAACGACGGCAAAAUACCAGAAGGUGGAGAGUUCAACGUGGGGCAAGAGAAGGGCCUGCAUUGCGGCACAGGUGCCCUCUGGUAUGGCGGUGGAGACGCGGUGCAUCUUGGAAAGGGCUACUGA